GAAGCCACGAUUGUUUAAACCGAUGUCUCUAACUACCUACUUUUGCUCCCCAUAAUAUUAUCUUCUCUGUAAGUUUGAAUUUCAAAUCCCUUCAUUCUUGGAGGCCUGCAUUUUACGUGGUUUUGAUCUUAUACUCGGUUGCAUAGCAUUCCGGAGGCUCACGCUAUCGAAUACAGGUCUCUUCUGGCUUCUUCGUCGGCAUGUCCGGCAGCGAACGUACUCCGACCGGUCCUCUGUCUCCCCCUUCCGGUAGUAAUGGGCGUAAGCGUGUUCCUCUGGGGCCUUUUUCUCCUAAUUCCAAACAAACUGAGAAGCGUCGGCUUCACUGUCCAAUCAACUCCGACAUGCAAAACAGAGGUACAAUUUCAGAGAACUCUGAUCCAAACAUUCAAAUGUCAGGAACUGGAAGUUCUCUUACAAAUGAGCCCUCCCUUCUGUCUCCGUCACAGAGGAAACUACUUGGUCUCCAGGCUACAGGUUUGUUUGUGUUGCCUCUGUUAUUGUGA